GCCGCGCGGGGACACUAUUGUUGAUGAGCGCGGCGGCAGCGGAUGCAGCACCGCGCGUCGAGGCCAAGGCCCGCUCCCUCGCACCUGGGAGUCUGGCUUCGUCACCCCGUCGCGGGGUUUCCCCGCGGCCCGAGGACGCUCCCCCGCGGCCCAGCGACAGCCAGCCCCCGUCUCGCCCCGUCACCCGGGAGUGGGCCAUGUCCCAGCGGGUGCGGCGCAGCGGGUCCCCCCCGCCGGCCGGCGCGCUCGGGGGCAGCGCGGUGGCCGUGGCCGGGGGCCCAGGGGGACGCCUGCAGCCCCUUCGGGCCACCGUCCCGUUCCAGCUGAAGCCGCAGCAGCAGCAGCACGGUAGCCCCACACGGGGCGGCGGCCUCGGCGGCGGUAACAACGGCGGCAGCGCCUCAGGGCCCUGCGGCGGGAGCGGCGGGGGCCCGCGCUCCGUGGCGCGCACCAGCCCCACAGUGGCCACGCAGACGGGCGCGGCUGCCACGGCCACUCGCGGCACCAGCCCCACGCGCGGCGCCCGCGGAAGCCCUCCGCGGCCGCAGCCGCCGCCGCCGUCGCCUGGCUCGUCGCCCACCCACCUGUGGGCCGGCGAGGGCAGCGCCGUCCCGCCCCCGCCCCGCGUCCGCCCGCGGCGGAGGUCCCCGGAGCAACGCAGCCCGAGCGCCCCGGUGUGCAAGGCAGGUGACAAAGCCCGACUGCCGCCCUGCAGCCCCUCCAGUAGUAUCCGCCGCACGUCCUCCCUGGAUACACUGGCAGCUCCGUACCUAGCUGGGCACUGGCCUCGGGACAGCCACGCGCAAGCUGUGCCUUGCAUGAGGGACAAAGCUACGCAAACAGAGAGUGCAUGGGCUGAAGAAUACGCUGAGAAGAAGAAAGGGUCUCACAAGCGUUCGGCAUCCUGGGGCAGCACAGAUCAACUUAAGGAGAUUGCAAAAUUACGCCAGCAAUUGCAAAGAAGUAAACACAGCAGUCGGCAUCACCGAGAUAAAGAAAGACAGUCUCCAUUUCAUGGUAACCACGCAGCUAUUAACCAGUGUCAGGCUCCUGUUCCAAAGAGUGCGCUUAUUCCAGUAAUUCCCAUCACCAAAUCAACAGGUUCCCGGUUCCGGAAUAGUGUGGAAGGAUUGAAUCAAGAGAUUGAAAUAAUCAUUAAAGAAACUGGGGAAAAGGAAGAGCAGCUUAUUCCCCAGGAUAUUCCGGAUGGCCACCGUGCGCCUCCCCCGCUUGCCCAGAGAAGUAGCAGCACCCGAAGCAUUGACACACAGACGCCUGGGGGCGCAGACAGAGGGAGCAACAACAGUAGCCGUUCCCAGUCUGUGUCCCCCACAUCCUUCCUCACCAUCUCCAAUGAGGGCAGCGAGGAAAGCCCCUGUUCAGCUGAUGACCUGCUGGUUGAUCCCAGGGAUAAAGAGAAUGGGAACAACUCUCCUUUGCCCAAGUAUGCAACAUCCCCCAAACCUAACAACAGUUACAUGUUCAAACGGGAGCCUCCAGAGGGCUGUGAGAGGGUCAAAGUCUUUGAGGAGUGCUCGGAAUAAAUAUGUUACUUUGCAAAUCACUCAUAGAACUGUGAUGAAAUGUAAGAAGCAGAUGGGGGUGUUCUCGGAGGACACUUAGAGCCUUGUGUGUGGUAGGUAAGCACUGUACCACUGAGCUACUUUGAGCCCUAAGAAGUAGAAUUUUAAAUAGCAUCUAAUGUCCUUGUUAUCUGAUCUCCUAUACCCAUGUACUUCUGUCUGCAAUUCUCAUUUUAAACUCAAUUUCACCCAAAAGGUAUAUAGACUUGUAUUUUCAGUAGCUGUGGUUACCGGUGUGCAAGUUGUGCCCAAAGGUUAGAGGCGUGUAUGAGAUUGAGCAAAUUAAUGCGGAACACAGUUAAGCACUGUGGUGUAGUGCUUAGCCCUCGUCCUCCAAUGCCACUGUGGUUACAAAUCACAGAGCCAUCCUUUUUUAGGUUUUCUUACUGUGAAACCUAAAAUACAAUAAUGUGGAGGUAAUCUGACCUUUUUCAAUUCAUAAAGUUUGUCUCUUCACUCCAGAGUGUUCAUGAUAGAGGAAUUUGAAUAUUUCAAAUCCUUUUGUUUCUCUUAUAUACCCUUUUUUGGUGCUUCUUUUAAUCUAAAUUCUGAGUGAUCUUGCCAUACAGAGAGCAUUGUCUUCAAAUUCCUUCAGCUUCUCUGCAAGGAAACACCAGCUGUCGUUCUCCUAUCUGCUUCUGUGACAGUAAUUGAAAACACUUUGAAGCAACUGCUCAUUUCAGUUUUUUUCAUCAUGUCAGCCUGUAAGUUUUAACUGAGGCCAGCUGAAAAUUUAAGCCAGUAUUUCUGCAGAUUUGUCCAUGAUUCCCUGAAUCAUAAUCACUAGGAAAAUUGUUGAAACCAGAUUCUCAGGCCGACUCAGGUCUGGUGAUCAGUAAAUAUGGAAGCAGGACCUGCGUUCUUCAUUUUUACCAAGUGUCUUGGAUAAUUUUUAUGUUGAAUUUGAAAAUUCUGGCUUAGACAUUUUCACAAAAGUUCUUAAGAAGUGGGGCCAUUGUAUUAGCUAAAUCAUUUGGCCUAAAUCUAUUGUUUUGAAUUCAGCUCUUUAGUAUUCAUUGGCAGUUGGGAUUUGCCUAAGUGCAAAGAAAUGGCUGAUUGGCUCAAAAGCAAUUUGAUUUUUUUUUUUUUAAGAAAUGACCUUGAAUAUUUGUUAAUAGGUAGAUGCCCGCCCUGUGUUAUCUGCCUAACACUGUUACAUUUGGAAAACUACUCAAGACUUACUGUCUGGUGAAUCAAUAUUGUACUUUGUUUCUAAAAGAGAGGAUAAAGGACAAGUGUGUGUGUGUGUGUGUGUGUGUGUGUGUGUGUGUGUAAGGAUAGGUAGAUCAAAAAGCACAAACAGCAGAACCCUAACACAUUAUGUUUUAUGGCACAUUGACCUGUUGUAAGAAGUGUUUAUUAUAAUUUUACUAGUAUAAAGUAUGUGUAGCACACAAAAACCUAUUUAUAUUUUAAUUAUGUUCCAAAGACUAAUAAUCAGUAGUGAUCCAACAAUGGCUUUCUUAGCAGUAAUUUUAACCUUUUGUCAAUAGAACAUGUUCUUCAAAGUCUAAGAAAAUUAUUCUCUCUUUUGCCCCAGCUAUGUCGAAAUUAGAUCAGAAAGCAAUGGGUACACUAGCAUUAAAGCAAAGUUAGAUUGUUCCUAAUUUAAGAAUUUCCCUAUUUAAGACGUUCCCACUGGCUUUAACCACUGGUGAUACAUGCAUUACUGUCCCAUCUGGCAGCUUGUGCCACCCAAUGAGACUAUCCCAUGCUGCAUGAUGGGACAGUCACACAUGUACCAUGGGUGGUUCAGAGCCACCCAGCAGUAAGACCUGUGAAUUAUGGCCCCGUCGUGAAUGCAUCAGUCAUUGUUUUGAGAAUAUCUUUUCUUUAAUUCUUACUUUUGAUUUAAAGUAAUAACUUGACCUGACUGGGAUUUGGGGUUGGGUACAGGGUGACGCUCUGAUUUCUAGAAAUAUUAACUUUUCCUGAAAGAAAGUAGGUAAUUCAAUUUGGGGCCAAAAGAGCAAGAGCAGAUUUUGUAGUUCUGUUUCAGUGUGUGUGUUUUUUUAAUAAUGGCGUAUACCAGAGCCAUGUCAUCUGCACUUAGCCCUUUACAAUGAAGUUAAAUAUGUGCUUUCCUGAUCCCAGCAAAUGCAAUCCAUGACUGUGUGUUUUAUGUUGCUAGAUAUUGUGGCCUUCUUGGAGUAUAGGGAUUUUUGUUGUUGUUUUUAAUUCUGUCUACUUGGAAAGACAAUCCUUUCAAAAGAACUGUUUAAAGAAAAAUAAUAUUUUAAAACCAGUUUUGAGGGAUUUUUGUUUUGUUUUGUUUUUGGUACUGGAGAUCGAACUCAGGUCUUUGCGCUUGCGCAUCAGGCAGCAAAACCACUGAGCUAAAUCCCCGGCCCCAGUUUUGAGUUUUUAAUCCACUGUCUCAGGUCUCCAAGAAUAGUGAUGAGUGAGGGGAUUACAAUCGGAGCAUCAUUAGCUUCACCUUGCCUAAAGUUUGUUCCCCAACCACCCCAGCCUUCCUGUUUGCAGCUUCUCUUAGUGAGUGAAGAACUUCGUCCCCAAGGCUUUAGUGCAAACUUGACAUUCUCCUUCAUGGGCUUCUCACCUCUCCACCCAUCUCCAUCCCGGGAAGGGAAGCAGCUCCAUGUGGGUAUGUGAGUCUGGAGUGUAAUGGAGACAAGAAAGGCUCCCCUCACCCCUCUUAGUGUGUGGCCAAUCCGCUGUGGGGCUUUGGACACCCCAGGAACCUGUUCUCCAGGCUGCCUGUGUCAUGCUUCUGAGAACUUGUUAGAGUUCUCUUUUGGGCCUGUGUGAGUCCUCUGUUGUGUACGUUUCCUGAAGUGUCAUUGUCAGCUUCCUUCUUCCACUUGUGUAGCAAAGACCACAGCUUACAUAUGUUGCUGCACCUGAGCUGCCAGGCCUAAAAAUAGCUGGUGGUCGUGUGGCCAAGCCUCUUCCCAGAGAACCCUGGGGUGGCCCACAGUAGUCUGGACAUAUCACAGCGUGAUCCUCUUCUGCCUCAGCAGCCUGGUGCAUUGCUCAAGUUCCUCCUGCAGAGCAUUGCUGUCCCAGGGACUCCGCAGGGUUUUGUUCCAGCUUCUCUUCCUCCAGCUCUGUGGCAGCAGGCAGAGCCUCGAAGAGCUCAGAGAAGUUCUUGUCACAGCUGUGUCACCUCGUCCUGGGGCUGAAAUGUCUCCGGGCUGCCCACUAGACCCAUUGGUACUUCUACAGAGCUCCUGUGGCAAGGAAUAGGGGAGCCUGAUUCCUGGGCCAUUGCAAGGGCUUCGGAAGCUCAGCCAGGUCUUAGUGUCAGCCCUGUCUGCAGCCAUCACCACCACCUAGCAGAGCUGGGAAGAUGAAGUGUACAUCUGGCUCUCUGGCCAGAUGACCUGGUGAAGUUGAGAUCUUUCUUUUCACUUGCCUGCUUAAGUUGAAGAAUGCUUUGAAGUAAAAUCCGCACUGGCAGCUUCUGUUGGCAUAUGCCUAGGUCACACAUCCCAAGGGUGGGCACUGUUUUUUUCUUAGCUUAGAUGCUGAAGUGUGAGAGGUUAAAAGAGUGAUUCACAUUGGUGGGCUGAGUUGUGACUGGAAGAGGGCACAAAGAGGGGCUUUGGUGCUUUUUACUGUUAAUAGUGUUAUUUCUUGAUGUGAUCAUUUGUCAUUGUUUACAUUAUUUUUGGGUUUGUUAUGUCAUGUCUUUUCAUGGGAGCAGUAAGGAAAUUAAAUGUUUUUGUAUUUCUGUCUUAAAAAUGUUUUGUAGAUUCAGAAGUUAUCAUAGGUCAAGAAUUUUCUUUGUUUCAGAAAUGUGGUUUCAUCCUUAAUAUCUGUUAGUAGCCAUGUGUCUUAAGUAAUUUUUUAAAUUAAUAAUUGAUUUUGGUUCUGGGAUCCAGCCCAGGGCCUUUCACAUGCAAGCCAAGUUCUUUUCCACUAAGCUACUUCUUAGUCCCGUCUUAAGUCACUGGUAGUGAGAUAACUUCAAACACAUGAAUUAAAAACUAGUCCUUAUUUGAAUGGGGUGUAGGAAUUGAUUAGCAUUUCCCCCAGUAUAAGAAUGAGUUAUCUCCAGGAAUCCUGCCUUCAGAGGAGAAUCUGAGCACUAUUUAAUCACAGAAAUAUGGCCAUAACUUCUUGUCUUCUUUAGGGAGUUGAAAGCAAUACUCUAGGGGUGAGUGCUCUUAUCUGUGAUACACCCAGAUAUACUUGUGACACACCCAGAUAUACUUGUGACACUAAAAGUAGUUCCCCUAUUAAGUUUCUAUUUUAUUCAAGAAAGAAUAGUGUACAAGUUAAACAAUUUAAGUGAUGCCCUUUUCUUCUUAAAGGGCAGUGACAAAGCCGUCUGUUGGUAGUGCUGACUAUUAACAGUUUCUGCCCACCCAACGCACUGUCUGCUUGCAGCACACAUCUUGGUACCCAGUUCCCAGGUCUGUUGUUUACUUGUUCUUUGAAACCCAGCUCAGAGGUCACUUUGUUUCAAAAGUCUUUUUCCUUCCAAACUCUUCCUUUUCCUCCCUGCCAUAGGCUAUUUCUGCUUGCUGCCUCUAAACUUUCCACAAACCUUUGCUAUCACAUUCAUCAAACUCUCAUGCAGAUAUCCUCUCCUGUGCUCUGGAUGGCUUUGGGAAUCUGACAAAGCUUAUGGAUCCCUUCUCAAAAUAAUAACAUGAAUGCGCACGAAACAUGUAAGAUUACAAUUAUAUUGGAGUACAGUUUCACGCCAGCAUCUCUUCCCUUCCAGCACUAUAAACUUAGUCCUGUCUUUUCCUUGUCAAUUGUUUUAGCUUUGUUUCUUAGAAUCUAGUUGGGAGAGAGGAGAAGAAUACUUUUAUCAUCUGGUAAUAUGGCCUUUUUAACCUAAAUCUUGAUUUAUUCAGGUUCAUCUGCCUUAAUUUCAUUUCAGUUUUAUAGUACUACUAUGUUACUUACCAAUUAAAAAAUUUUUUUUUUGGUACUGGGGAUUGAACUCAGGACCUUGCGCUUGAGAGGCAGGUGAACAAUUUAAGUUUUAAAAAUAUUUUAAAUUUUCAUGGAAUACCAUUAAUACCAGAAGUGUGCUUUUCAAUGAUUUGGCAUAAUUUUCAGAAGGAUCUGGAAACAGGAAAGGCUAUUAUAUGAAUAAAAACUUUAAAGCAAAGGACUACUGUUUUUAUUUUUAUUUACAUUAUGUUUCUCAGAAAACUGCCACAAUUGACUCCAAAGAAUUGUUUCAGAGAUUUUUAAGAGGAAGCCCAUACCUACCAAAGUUUUACCUCAUCAUGGAGAAACUUAGCAAAAGAUGAGCAAUGUAUAUCAUUAAUUUUCUUCCUUUCUCCCUUCAGAAUAGUAGACCAGGGAAAACUCAUGGUAGUGGAACAUAUUUUUGUCUUUAAAUAUGUAGAUUUUCUUUUGCUUUAGGCUUUCAUCCUCUUUUUUUUUUUUUUUUUUUUUUGGUAUUGGGAAUUGAACCUAGGGUCCUUGCUCUUGCGAGGCAGGAACCAGAACCACUGAGCCCGGCCCAAGGCUUUCUUCUUCUUGGCUGUAUAGCUCUUCAUUGAUGUGUGGCAGUCAUGAGCCUGAGCACCUGCAUGGUGACUGGGCUCAUGAGGGACUUAGAAGUGAGGCUGUAAAUGGUUCUGCUGACAGCCAAGACACAUACUGUAACAUAUACGACCUAAUAACAGUUUGGUCCUUGGCAUUUGAAGCUUUUGAUACAGCUUCAGUUUGGUACUCCUUUUAUAUAUUGAUAAGCUGCCUGUUUUCAAUGAAUUAAAGAGCUUAUUUCCAGUAUUUAGUGAUUUAAAGUAUUGGGUUGUCUGUU